CAAGGCUUGAUGAUGGGCGACGGACGGUAAAUUGUAGUUAGUUGCAAUUGAGGUAUGCGCGCGAGCUGUUGCAAUCCUGAUGGUAGCUCUGUUGUGGUUGCUUUCAGUAGCAGAGAGGAGUCAGACACAAUAGUGAAGUGUAGUAUGAGCUUCAACUUCAGCACGUGAAGUGAAUGCAAAUUUUUUUUAAAGAAUUAUUCUCGACCAAUAUCUACUAAUUGUGUUCUUUAGUGGAGUAUCAAAAGUGUUUCAAGUGUGUUCCAGUGAAUUUGUUCUGGCCCAAGUAGACAACCAAACCAAUCUCAGCAAAAAGGACCAAGUUGACAAUCACCCAAGAUGGCGUUCAUACUCACAGACAUACACGAAUGGUACCGAGACCUAAUGGACAAUAAAAGCGAUCCCCGAGUAGCAGACUGGCCCAUGAUGUCCUCGCCACUGCCCACACUGGCCCUCUGCAUAUUCUACGCCUACUUUAGCAAAUCGCUCGCCCCGCGGAUCAUGGAGAAGCGGAAACCGAUGGACCUGCGGAAUCUACUCGUGGGCUACAACCUCUUUCAGACGAUCUUUAGCACGUGGAUAUUUUACGAGUAUUUACAGAGUGGAUGGUGGGGCCACUAUAGCUUUAGGUGUCAGCCAGUAGACUAUUCGGAUAAUCCCCUUGCCUUACGGAUGGCGCGGACGUGCUGGUGGUACUACAUCUCCAAGUUCACCGAAUUCUUCGACACGUUGUUCUUCCUGCUGCGAAAGAAGAACCAGCACGUGUCGACCCUGCACGUUAUCCACCACGGAUGCAUGCCGUUCUCGGUGUGGAUGGGCAUGAAGUUCGCCCCCGGUGGUCACAGCACAUUCUUCGCCAUGCUGAACUCGUUUGUACAUAUUGUUAUGUAUUUCUACUACAUGGUAGCUGCCCUAGGACCAAAGUACCAGAAGUACAUCUGGUGGAAGAAGUACCUCACCGCUUUCCAGAUGCUGCAAUUUGUGGCAAUCUUCACGCACCAGUUCCAGCUGCUGUUCACCGACUGCGACUACCCGAAAGGUUUCAUGGUGUGGAUCGGACUGCACGGCGUCAUGUUCCUGUUCCUGUUCUCGGACUUCUACAAGCAGGCGUACAGCAAGCGGAAGGCGCGACGGGCUGCUGCUGCCGAAGCCAACAGCAAACAGUACGAUGCGCUGGUCAACGGCACAAGUCACACGCACAACGGCUCGAUGCCCAACGGUCACCAUCUGUACCAGAACGACAAGCUGUCCAACGGCGACCUGGCCAACAAUAACCAGGGAGCGUGCAUGCCCGUCCUCGACGAUGACGCGCUGCACCAGCGCAAGGUGACGGCCAACGGGAUCUACGUGAACGGUAUGCCCAAGCCGGCGGCCAACUCCUACAGCAACGGCAACUCCAACGGAUUCAUCGAGGCCAUGCGGGACGAUUUCGACAACGAUCGGAUGCGGAAGACGCAAUAACCCAGGACCGCCCAGGACGGAUCGAGGGAGGACGUCGUCGUCGUUGUUGGUCCUGCUUCUUCUUCUUCUUCGUCGUCUUCGGGAAGAAGAAGAAUCCGCAGGAGGAGGAGAAGAAGCGAUAAAUCCCUGCUACCACUAAAACCUCUAGAUACACAACCUACUGUUAGGUAAACUGUACUCUGUUAGGGCGCGGUCGGGCGCGGCACGCCGCGUAACAUAAGUGAAGAUUAACACAGAUUUUUAAGUCAAAACAAGUGUGAGGGGGAAGAAACGAGAGGAAAACUCUAGAAUUAAGCUAGUAGAAAGUGUCUCUAACUAAUAUGUAUUACUUAGUAGCAAACGAAGGAUACCGCGGGUGAGAGAAGAAUGCGAGUGCUUGUGAGCGCGAGAUUGUGAGCGAACGAGGUGUAGAAUGGGUAGGACUCUUUAUUUUUUAGUAAGGAUCUUAGGAACUUAGUGCAGAAGUUUUGUUUUUUGUUGUCGAUGGAGAGGAGAAGAGAUUCGAACAAAACGAGUAGGUCUUUUGGCGUAAUGGCUGUUUGGCGCAGCAGAAAAAAAUGGCAUUGUGAUGGUUGUUUAAUCAAUUUUAAAACUAAAUUUCGGUUUACGUAAUCAUGAUGUCAUUUCUGUUCUCAUAUUUUCUGUUCUCUAUAUUAUGCCAAACGGCCCUUGUUUAACGAAAUGUCAUUUGGUAUAAAAUAAGAACAGUGACAAGACAAACAAUCAAAAUUGGAAAAUUAUGUUAAUCGGCAUUACGCGAAACAACCAAUAUGCCAAAUGGUCUACUCCCAGAAAAAAAAGCGUUUAUUGUGACUGUGUUGCAUAGUUACGGGUGGCCAUUUCCUCGAAAGGUCGCCAUCAAUAGACACAAGGAGAACGGAAAUGGUAUAUUAUUCUUUUGUUUAUUGUUUUUAUUUCGGCUAGAUGGCUUUUACCUACAUACUUUCUGUACUAUAUAGAUAGGGAAGGAACAGGGAUCGUUUCAAAAACGAUGCCAACCUUCAGUUUUCUGUUGGUAACUAGGAAAUCCAAUCAAUCAGCGUCGAAA